AUGAGACUAAGUGUGAUUAGUUCUUGGAUCUUGACUCCGCAGCUGAUCAAAUCUGCACCGAGAGGCGGUGGGGAGAAGGGGAUGGAGAAGGUGGCGAUCGGGUUGUUGCCGCCGCUGCGGUUCAUCGCCGCGAUCGCCGUCGUCUCGUGGACGUCGUUCAUCUACUACCAUUUCUCCUUGCUCAGCGGCGGGUUGCUGCAGCUCGGGCAUGGCCGCGACGACAGCGCCGACCCGUGCCGGGGAAGGUACAUCUACGUGCACGACCUGCCCCGCCGCUUCAACGCCGACAUCCUCCGCGACUGCCGGAAGACGAGCGACCACUGGCCCGACAUGUGCGGGUUCGUCAGCAACGCCGGCCUCGGCCGGCCGCUCGUCGACCGAGCCGGCGGCGGCGUGCUGUCCGGCGAGGCCGGGUGGUACGGCACGCACCAGUUCGCGCUGGACGCCAUCUUCCACAACCGGAUGAAGCAGUACGAGUGCCUGACCAACCACUCGGCGGUGGCCGACGCGGUGUUCGUCCCGUUCUACGCCGGCUUCGACUUCGUCCGCUACCACUGGGGGUACGACAACGCGACGAGGGACGCGGCGUCGGUCGACCUCACGCAGUGGCUGAUGAGGCAGCCGGAGUGGGGGCGCAUGGGCGGCCGCGACCACUUCCUCGUCGCCGGGAGGACGGGGUGGGACUUCCGGAGGGACACCAACAUCAACCCCGACUGGGGCACCAACCUCCUCGUCAUGCCGGGCGGCCGGGACAUGUCGGUGCUCGUCCUGGAGUCCUCGCUGCUCCACGGCAGCGACUACGCCGUGCCGUACCCGACCUACUUCCACCCGAGGUCCGACGCCGACGUGUUCCGGUGGCAGGACAGGGUGCGCGGCAUGCAGCGCCGGUGGCUCAUGUCGUUCGUCGGCGCGCCGCGGCCGGACGACGCGAGCAACAUCCGCGCGCAGAUCAUCGCGCAAUGCAACGCGUCGAGCGCGUGCAGCCAGCUCGGCUGCGCGUUCGGCAGCAGCCAGUGCCACUCCCCGGGCAACAUCAUGCGCCUCUUCCAGAAAUCCACCUUCUGCCUGCAGCCGCCGGGGGACUCGUACACGCGGCGGUCGGUGUUCGACUCGAUGGUCGCCGGCUGCAUCCCGGUGUUCUUCCACACCGCGACGGCGUACCGGCAGUACACGUGGCACCUCCCCAGGGACCACGCCGCGUACUCGGUGUUCAUCCCCGACCGCGACGUGCGCGCCGGCAACGUGAACAUCGAGGCGACGCUCCGGGCGAUCCCCGCCGCCGCCGUGGAGCGGAUGCGGGAGGAGGUGAUCCGCCUCAUCCCGGCGGUGAUAUACGCCGACCCGAGAUCGAAGCUGGAGACGGUGAAGGACGCCUUCGACGUCGCCGUCGAGGGGAUCAUCGACAGAGUCGACAUGGCCCGGGGAGGCUACGGGAGGUCGUGGCUCCGGCCGAAGCAAUCUAGCCACCAAGCACUAGACGCUAAACGACGCAAACUAAUUUAAAUGUAGAAUACUCGAUGAAUUCACAUCAAAACAACACGUAGAAUGAGAUGGUAUUUAUCAAUUUCGCUG